AUGGCAGGCGAAGACUCCAACACACCGGCGAACAAGCCCGUCAAGAUAGUCAUCGUGGGCGCCGGUUACGUCGGCUCCACGACGGCCUACACUCUCCUCAUGAACCGCGCCGCCGCCGAGAUCGUCCUGAUCGACGUGGACAAGGACAAAACCGAGGGUGAGGUGAUGGACCUGGUCCACGCCGCGCCCUUUUUGCACCAGACGCGCAUCCGCGUCGGCGACUACGAGGACUGCAGAGGCGCGUCCGUGGUCAUCAUGACGGCCGGCGCGAACCAGAAGCCCGGCCAGUCGAGGAUGGAGCUGGCGCAAAAGAACUGGGCCAUCUUUGCCGAUAUCGUGCCCAAGGUGGCGCGGCACGCAUCCCAAGACGUCCUGCUGCUCGUCUCGGCCAACCCCGUCGACGUCAUGACCUACGCCGCCGUCAAGUUCUCAGGCUUCCCUGCCCACAGGGUCAUCGGGUCCGGCACGUCGCUCGACUCGGCCCGGUUCGCCGGCGAGCUGGGCAAGCACCUCAACAUUGACCCGCGCAGCCUGCACGCCGUCGUCAUCGGCGAGCACGGCGAGUCGGAGCUGCCCGUGUGGUCUCUGGCUACCGUCUCUGGCAUGCGCGUGGAGGAUUACUGCCGACAGACGGGCACGCCGUGGGACGACGAGGUCAGGAAGCGGUGUUUUGACAAGGUCAAGGAUGCCGCGGCUGCCAUCAUCGAGAAAAAGGGGGUCACGGGCUACGGGAUUGCGAGCGCUCUGUUGAGGAUUGUGGAGUGUGUGCGGCGCGAUGAGAACACGUUGAUGCCGGUGUCGUGCGUCGGGUCCUACGCCGGAGUGGACGAUGUUGCGUUGAGCGUGCCGCGCAAGCUGAACAAGUACGGUUGCAAGGAGUUUGUGCCGAUGAUGCUUAGCAAGGAGGAGGAGGAGAACUUGAGGGCUUCGGCGGAAAAGGUUAAAGAGACGAUUCGGUCGCUGGAGAAGUCAUGA